CGUACGUUUACCAUCGACAUAUUUAUUAAAUAAGUGAAUCCUGUACUUAAACGUGAACAAAUCCAAUAUCAGCCACUGAGAACUGAUAAACCACGUGCACGUAGAUUAAGUCAGUCACGCAGCGUCGCUUGUCGGCACUAGUUCGGUCUCAAAGGCAGUUCUCUCAUAAGCUUGAAAUGUUACGAAUACGGGCUUUGGAAGUGCAAAGUCAGUGAUGCAGAUUAGGAAGUGCAAAAAAAAUAUUGAUGAAGAAAUUUACCAGUGGCGUAGCAUAUUUUAACAAAUAUUUAUAACUACCUCCCCGUUGAAUAAUUACAUUAAGUUAUAAUCAGACAUAUGAAAGUUCGUAAAUCCAAUUCAAAGAUUAAGGAUUUUGUUGUAACGUACAAAAUGCCGUUCGGCUCAUGAUACAAGGUUUUUAUAAGACUGUAGGGCAGGUUUUGAAGUGAAAAAAAAUGUAACUAUUGCAUUGUUAUAGGACAUCUGUUUAAACAAAUCAUCGCUGUUUAUUUAAAUCCAUUUUGCACGCUUCCGUCAGUCUACCGGUUAAGAUAGAUAAUUAGACUAUAGACUCUAACGAUAGUCAAUAUUUACAUGACACAUCACAUACCUGAAAAAUGAGUUGUACAAUGAAUCAUUUGCAGCGUGUACUUACCUUGCGAAUGUACAUGAUUGUUGGAUUGUUCAUUGUACCAAUGAUUAUGGUAUUUUUGAACGGCAGAACAUAUUGUCAGUACGAGGCUCCGUAUGGGUUCGAGUCGAGUUUGGAACUUAGAAGUCCCGUGGCACCGCUUACGGUAGUUAAGGAUGAACCAGCCAAACCACCGGAAGUAAUGAAGAAGAAAAAGACGGUUUUGUAUUGGACAAAAAUGUUUUCGAGCAAAAAUUUUUACCUUAGUGAACGUGGGGUAGAUGGUGACAUUUUUGCAAACUGUCCUGUCAGCUUUUGCAUGGGAACAAACGACCGAAAUUAUCAGCCCGUCGAGGAAUUCGACGCUCUUUUGUUCCACGGUCCGGAAUUGAACGCGAAAGAUCUACCGAAAACAAGAUCACCAAAUCAACGCUACAUUUUCAUGGAUUCGGAGACUCAGGUUUUCCAUCCAGUACCAAACAGACCAGAAUUCAAUAAUUUUUUCAACUGGACAAUGGCUUACAGGAGAGAUGCAGAUGUCAUGAGGCCGUAUGGGAUCUUCAGGAAACUUGAUACCAACGAAGUUAUACCUCCAUAUAUUCCGGCACAGUGGUUGGACGUCUCCGACGGUAACGUGUCCGAAUCCACGAGUCUCUUGUUCAAAAAGAAGUCGAAAAUGAGCGCGUGGUUCGUCUCUCAUUGUGGGACGAACAGUAAGCGAGAGGACAUUGCGAGAAAGUUACAGGAAUACGUGACGGUUGACAUUUAUGGAAAGUGUGGUAAAUUUCAGUGUUCGAGAGCCAAUGAGGACGAAUGUUACGAGCAAUUGGAACAAGGAUAUUUCUUCUACCUGUCGUUCGAGAACUCGAUGUGUCGUGAUUACAUCACGGAAAAAGUGUACCGGAUACUGGACUACGACGUGAUACCUGUCGUUUACGGUGCGGCUGACUACGAAACUUUUCUCCCGCCGAAUUCCUACAUCAACGUCAAGGAUUUUCCCUCGAUCGAGGCACUCGCCACCUUCCUCAGGGAACUGAGUCAGGAUGAGGAGAGGUAUCUGAGCUACUUCAAAUGGAAAAGUUUUUACAAAGUUGACACCAAAAAGCACUAUAUCGUUUGUGAGUUUUGCAAGGCCCUCCAUGAUCCGAAUUUGCCGAGACAGGUUAUUGCCAACAUAUACGACUGGUGGGCUAAAGGAUCGCAGUGUGUCCCACCCUUAGACAUGAACUAAUCGAGGGAACAGUGCCAAUUAGGAAGAUUUCUGUGGUAAAUGUUUAAAUUAUUGUUAUAUGAGUUAGUUGGUGUAGUCCGACGUGAAAGAGAAAUAACAUUCUUUCGAAAAAAAUUACGUUAAAUUGUACAACGAACUACGAUUUAGAACGGAAUACCGUAAACGUGUUCGGUAACUAACCAUUAAGUCUUGUUGGAUAUUAUUCGGCACUUUUUUGACACGUCGCUGAGAAACAAUAUUUUACAUUCAUAAUUUAGAUAAGUAUUAACACUAACGACCACGAUUCAGUUCUACAGGAUUAUUUCCUAAGUUGUACGCGUUGUUUCUCCUCAAUUUAUAUUUAUCUACAUGUAUAAAAAAAAGGUUGAUCUGUUAUUUUACGACUUUGGGAUGUGAUGUUAGAACAAUCGAUUCGUCUGGAAUAAAAUGACCUUUAAGUAAAAAUUAAUGAAUCUACCCCAGACGAAGAGACCUUUCUGACUAGUCACCUUACAUCAAUUUUUUUGGAUCUAUAGGUGUAUUUGAAAAAUAAAAAUAGUCCAAUGCUA